AUUGCCGAUGAUCAGUACCAGCAACACCCUUUGGUCGGUUCAGCCGGAUUUUUGAAUUGCGCCACAGCCGAACAUCUGCUCAACUUGUUACAUCGUGCUACAGAUCGCCUAUUCCAACAAGCUGCUGUGGAUCAUUUCUCUCUCCCCGAAGUGCUCGCUUUCACCCGAGCCCUAUUGCUCGCCAAUCGAGAGACCAGUUUCACUUCCGACAACGGUUCCAUACCGGCCAGUAUUAACGGACCCGUACUCUCCGUUUUGGACCCGUUCGGAAUCAAUCCACUUUUAGAUCGACUCUGCCAACUACUGCUGGAUUUGGUACGCAGCCCACAUCGACCGUUGGUGCAUCUGCUCUACAUUUGGGCUGCGGUCGCCCCGGAACUGAUCAAAGUAUGUCACGUGCACGGCUGGCUCAUCGAUCGCACAACCUAUGCCAUCGCACAACCGCAAGUUAUCCAGCGUGUAUUGGACGCGAUGCACACAUGCAUUCUGACCGCGAUCACUAAUUACCCGGAACUGCCACUGUUCACGACUAAUGAGGCCUGGUGCAAACCGCUGGAGAAUACUAUCAAACUGGUCGCGCACUUUGUGUUCAUUCCGGAGCCAGAGGAACUGUGCGAUUCCGAUGUGCAAGAUCGUCUGAUCACAUGCCUCUGUGCACUGGUCGAAUCCGGCAGCGACUAUUUGCGUUCCGCCUGGAAACCUCUGUUCUCCGCACUUCGCUGCGUACGACCCGAAUGUGUGCGAUUACCGACACAGUCAACUGGCCAAUCUGCCACGGAUCGUGCGCGACUCUCGCACCAGUUCGGACUGUUUCAACGGCUAAAGCACGCGCUACUUCGAUCCCCACGAUUCGCGCACGAUGAACGCUCGACCGAUGAGUGUGUUGGGGACAGGGAAUUUAAAGCACAGUUCCCGGACAUACCCCGCGGUUCAGUCGAAUUGAAUGCCCGUCGACUUGGGACCGUGAUGGAGAUGUUCGAAGUGUUUCUCUCCACGGUCAACAACGAAGUGUUUUGCGAAACUGCAAUCGAUUGUUUACUGUGCUUGUUGCACAUUCUAACUCUGUUCCGUCACUCCACGGACCGGACCACAAUCGCAUCGGAUGAGGUUAAUUCUGGACUGGUUGAUGCAUUGCCCGUGUGGUCUAUGCUGGAUGAGUCCGUCUCAUGUCCGGCCGACUCGACAAAUCUCUAUCCGGCAGAGUUUAAUGAAAUUCUCUUCCGUACCGAUCGGAAUUGGGACGAUGAGGAUACCGGAAACGUCUCUGGCUUAUUAACUGCUGAUUCCGUUCCCGGAACCACAACCACCACAGCCACCAGUGUGUUUCUCACCACGCUGACCUGUUUGAUUCGUGUGAUCUAUUCGCUCGAGCGCUUGUGGACUCUGCCCCGCGCACCCCCUAUCCGACACGCUCGAUACCAGUUUCACUUGCACUGUGCACUGGAUCUGGUGGAUUCCGACAGGAAAGAAGAGAUGAAGCGCCAGUCGGACACGCAGUCGAAUCACCAUCCCUUAAUGACCUAUUUGGAUAUCCUGGAUCAAGGAACUGGAGUUCUGUUCACCUAUUGCUUAAUUGUGCAUCAACUAUUGGACACAAUUUGGACGGCAGACCGUGUUCAACGGGGGCUGUUAUUGGACACCGUGCUUCGUUUGAUUCGCUGCGCUCCACUUGGAUUUCCCACACGUCCCGGAUCGUCACUGGAUCAUCCCGAUUGUGGUUUGGCCGUUCAGUUGAACAAUUAUCUCCUAUUGCCCAAAGCCCGAGCACAUACUGUUGAGACAUGGCAACUCUUUGCCCGAUCCGUACUGGCCCGUGCUAAUGAACAAUUUGACGGAACUUAUCCAAACAACUUUGGGCUCUAUGAACGAUCUGUUCGUGCACGGCAAGGUCGAAUCCAGCAUACCUGCUGUACCGGAGCAUCAAUGUACGAUUUGGCAGAACGAUGUCGAGCGCCUUCGUCUGGUUCUCCGCCAACUUUGGGUCCGUUCGACCCAGGUUGA